GUGUAUCGUUUCACUUGUCUUUCUAGACCCUCAGCUGCCCAACACGACGGUCCUCGUGAGGUUUGGUUGGCUUGCCCACUCCCCCGGACUGACCCCGUCACCAGUGUUUGACGGCGCGAUGUGAUUGAUGACUGACUCAUAUCCUCUCGCGAACCCUACUUCGCUCGCUCUGUUCUGCUCUCUCUUUCUUACAGGCACACGGCUUGUUCGCUUUCCGCUAUCUGGGUUGACAACACCUACGGAGCCUAGAGGAUGACCUAGUCUGCGUAUACCAGGAUAGAAUAGGAUCUAGGGAACCCAUAGUCAGACAACCUGUCGGACCCCAACCAUACCGCAACAACCCUCACUCGACUCGACCAUAUCAUCAAACUGCCGCCAUGAGGUUCAUCCAUAGCCUCUGGGCCAUGGGUCUCUUCCUCUUCCUCCCCGUACUCGCCCAGAAGCCCCAGCUGCCGUUGUUCUCGACCUCCCGAUGGAUCACAGACUCCUCUAACAAGCGUGUCAAGCUCCGCUGUAUCAACUGGGCCGGCCAUAUGGAAGUCAAUCUCCCGGAGGGCCUACACAAGCAGUCCGUCGAGUACAUUGCCGACUGGAUCAAGCAGGAGGGCUUCAACUGCGUCCGCCUCACUUUCUCGACCGACCACGCACUGAACCCGGGGAUCAAGGUCCGCGACUCCUUCGUCAAUGGUGCCAAGGCCGCCGGCGUAUCGGAGGCGGAUCUUUUGCGGCUGUACGACAUUGCCGUGGUUCGCAAUCCGUUCCUGGCGGAUCCCAACAUCACCCAGCGUGAUGUCUUUUCGAGAGUCAUCGACGUUCUCUGGGACCGAGGCGUCAUGACCGUCCUCGACAACCACGUUAGCAGGGCUUCGUGGUGCUGCAACCUCGACGACGGUAACGGGUGGUGGAAGGACGCGCGCUUCUACUGGGCCGCCAACUCACGCUUCUUUGACACGGGCAACUGGCUCGCGGGCCUGCAGCAGGUCUCCUUCUGGGCCAGGACCAGACCCGGCGUCGCCGCCAUCUCGCUCAGGAACGAGCUCCGCGCAACGUGGACGCAAAUUCCCUUUGCGGCGGACCAGUGGUACGGCUACGUCGCGCGGGGCGCAAAGGCCGUUCACGAGGCCAACCCGGACGUGCUCGUCGUCAUCGGCGGGCUCAACUCGGCCACGGACUUCACGCCUCUCCGGACGCGGAGUCUGGACACCGCCGCGUGGCGGGGGAAGAACGUGUGGGAGGCGCACAGCUACAGCUUCACGGUCACGACGCCCAACUUUGGCGACUGCAGUGUCGAGAAGGCACAGUACGGCGCGCUGUUCGGGUUCGUGCUGGAACAGGGCAAGGGGUACACGGGGCCGCUGUUCAUGUCCGAGUUUGGCGUCGCCAUGUCGGGCGGGCCGGAGAACGGGCUAUCGGCUGAGGAGCACGCGUAUCUAACGUGCUUGGUCGGAUAUCUUGAGGAUAAUGACGCGGACUGGGCUCUGUGGGCGAUCCAGGGAACCUAUUACGUUCGGAACAAGGUUGUCGAUUUCGACGAGACGUGGGGGGCCAUGGAUCGCGAGUGGAGGGGGUGGAGGAAUCCGGCGUUCAAGAGCAUGCUGGGAAAUAUCUUUUCCGUCACCCAGGGACCGUAGAGCAGUCCUUCC